AUGGGUGAUGAUAUUCGUAGGAAGUUGAUAUUAAAGCAAUUAGAUCAGGCUAACCUCGCUGCUGGUGAUGAAGGUGAAGAAGAGAAUGACUUAGGGGAAUUGCCCUCAAUUAAAAGUAAUUCAAUGGGUUCUCAAAAACAAUCACCAAAUGGUACUGUACCUGCCGGUAAUGGUGAUGAAACUACUUGGAAACAAUUUUUUGACCACAAUGAACGUAUCAAGAUUCGGAAUCGAAAUUUGGAAUUUAAUACUUAUUACAGUUUACCUAACUCUAUAAAUGCGCCUUCGAUCCCAAUCUUUAUUUUACAUCAUGGUGCAGGAUCAUCAGGUUUGACAUUUGCCACAUUGGCUCAACAGAUAAGUUCUCAAUUGAACGGUAAUUGUGGAUAUUUUACCUUUGACGCUAGAGGCCACGGUACUACGAGACCUCUCGAACCAUCAAAGGGGCUCCAAUAUGAUCGUCAAUCCUAUAUCGAUGAUUUCGUAGAACUGCUGGAACAAUUUUACAGUAAACAUUUAACUCAGUUGGGAGCAGUAAAAUUAUCGUUGGUGCUCGUAGGUCAUUCCUUAGGUGGUAGUAUCUGUACUUUUUCCCACAUGCAAUUACCGGAGCAUUUACGAAACAAGGUCCUAGGUGUUUUCAUGCUUGAUAUAGUGGAGGAAGCUGCCAUCUUAGCUUUGAAAAAUGUGCACAGUUUCUUGAGUAAGACACCUAACGUCUUCCAAAGUUAUCAGGAUGCUAUUGAUUGGAGUAUUCGUCGUGGGAUGUCAAAGAAUAGAUCUAGUGCUGAAAUUGCUGUUCCAGCAUGUUUUCAUCAAAUGACAUCUGGCAAAGUGGUUAGAAUUACCAAUUUAAGAGAUUUUGAACCAUAUUGGGAUACUUGGUUCGUAGGAUUAUCGGAAAGGUUUGUCAGUCUCCCCACAAGUAAAUUACUCUUAUUAGCCGGUAACGAGAAUUUGGACAAGGAACUGAUUAUUGGUCAAAUGCAGGGCAAGUACCAACUUGUAGUUUUCCAAGAUUCAGGACAUUUCAUUCAAGAGGACACUCCAGUAAAGACUGCAAUAACGCUAAUAGAUUUUUGGAGAAGGAACGAUUCCAAAAACAUUGUAAUUAAAACUAAUUGGGGGGCCAAAAAUUUUACGAGUCAGUAG